GAUAGGAAGGAGUGGGAAGGGGGGACGAGACACGGGGGGCCAAGUACUCACAGCCCGGUGUGAGAGAGGGAUGGAGAUAGGAUCUGCGGAGGGAGAGGAGGGCUGACGUGACUCCGCCUAACAGUUUUUCUUCCUAACUUGAGCCUUACGAGUCCCUGUCUGCGGAUGCAACCUGUCUGUCAUCCCGUCCGUCCCAGUAAUCCCUUUUUUAUUGCAGCGUUUCCUCCGAGGAGGCUCCAGGCAGAGGGGACUACAAUGACAACCUGGUGAAUGCACACGAGAUGGAGUAAAACAUUCAGCAAACGCAGGAUGCGCAUCCCCAACCCGACAAGGAAGAAGGUAGAGCAACCUGGCUGUUUUUCUGCUGUCGCGCGUCAGAGCUUUUCCGCGGUGUUGUGGAUUGAUCGUUUCCUUCAUCGCCCUCCUGCUGCCGGUGUCGGUGUAUAAUGGAGAGCUCCAAUGGCUCUGGCAGUGACACCAAACCGCAGAACCACCAGUUGGAGAAGAAGAGACUAAACCGAGUGCCUUCCCCGGCCAGACCUUUCCUCAAGGAUGUGCACUCUCGCUCCACCAAACCACCUGCCAUCGUACCCAAAUCCCCCAAACUUAGCAAGCAGCAGCCUUCCUCACUGCCCCUGGCCCAUCCGAACCGCAGCUCCAGACGUAACACACCCGGGCCGAAGGAGAAACCAGCCCCGGUGAAGAGUAACACAAAGUCCUCUGUGGCCAAGAAGCCCUCAAAGCUGCCCCAGCAUACAGCAGCCGAGCCCAAAGCCGCCAGCAUCAAACAGGACAGCACCAGCAGUCCCAUCCUCGCUAAAGGCAAGAAGGGGAAACUAGCCUCUCAAACGGGCCCUCUCAGCCAUGGAUCCCCGAUCCGGGUACCGACUGGGGCGCCUCUCGGCCGGGUCAGCCAGACCGACAGCAGCUCAGACCUGUCAGACUGUCCGUCGGAGCCGCUGUCGGACGAGCAAAGAAUGGCACCGGCUGCAAGUAGCGACGCUGAGUCCGGUACCGGCUCCAGUGACCGGGAUCAGGUGGGUGCAGAUAAUCCGCCGCGGGGGGACAUGAGCGGAACGGCUGCUACUGCUGCUCCUCCGCUGCGCACAACCGAGGCUUCCACCGCCAAGGGAAGCAUGUCUCAGGCUCAGCCCGCUCUGGGGGCGCACGGGGAGAAAAACAAGCCGGAGAAACCUUCAUCAUCAAGUGCACAAUCCAGACUGCCAGGGAAAAAGGAUGUAGCUGAGGAGGACCUGCAGCGGGAGGUGGAAGACUUGAGAUCUGAAAACGACUACCUCAAGGAUGAAGUGGACGAGCUGCGGGCAGAGAUGGAGGAGAUGCGGGACAGCUACCUGGAGGAGGAGGUCUACCAGCUGCAGGAGCUGCGGAGGGAACUGGACCGUUCCAACAAGAACUGCCGCAUCCUGCAGUACCGCCUGCGAAAGGCCGAGCAGAAGAGCCUGCGGGUCGCUCAGACCGGACACGUGGAUGGAGAGCUGCUGCGCAGUCUGGAACAGGACUUGAAGGUGGCCAAAGAUGUGUCUGUGCGCUUGCACAACGAGCUGGAGAGCGUAGAGGACAAACGCAGCAGAGCGGAGGACGAGAACGAGCUGCUCCGACAGAGGAUCAUCGAGAUGGAGGUCUCCAAACAGGCUCUGCAGAACGAGCUGGAGAGGACCAAAGAGACUGCACUGAGGAGACGAGGGAGCAGGGAAGCAUUUAAAGACAAGAAGUCUACGAGUCAGGAAGACAGUGCUGACCUCAGGUGCCAGCUCCAGUUUUUAAAGGAGGAGUCCAGCCUGAUGAGAAAAAAGAUGGCAAAGCUGGGCCGUGAGAAGGAUGAACUGGAACAAGAGCUGCAGAAGUACAAGUCUGUUUACGGGGAUGUGGACAGUCCUCUCCCCCUGGCUGAGUGUGCUGGUGGUGGUCCACACACCACACGUGAAGCUGAGCUGAGGUUAAGGCUCAAGCUGGUGGAGGAGGAGGCAAACAUUCUGGGCAGGAAGAUAGUGGAGCUGGAGGUGGAGAACCGCAGCCUGAGAUCGGAGAACGAUGACAUCCGCUGUCAGUAUGAAAGAGACUGUUUCGGGAGGGAACCUUUCUCCAGCAUGCCCUCUUCACCGUAUGGAGGGGAUGCACUAGAUUCAGCAAGUGAACUACGGCGUCAUCUGCAGUUUGUGGAGGAGGAGGCCGAGCUCCUGCGGCGCUCCAUCUCAGAGAUCGAGGACCACAACAGGCAACUGACAUCUGAACUUAAUCGCUUCAAGUUUGGCCCAAGCGGUGGCAGCUCUGCGCCUGUGGGCGAGGAGGGAAGUGAGGGGGGAUUAUUCAAACCUGGGGGGAACGGUAACGGAUCCAGCAGCGGGCUGAUGAUGGAGGAGCUUAAAUCAGCCAGGUUGCAAAUCAACGAGCUGAGCGGGAAGGUGAUGAAGCUGCAGUACGAGAACAGAGUCCUCAUGUCCAAUGUGCAGCGCUGUGAUCUGGCUGCUCACCUGGGCCUGCGGACAGGAAGUCCUCGAGACAGCGAUGCAGACAGUGAUGCAGGCCGGAGAGAAGCUGCUGAUGAAGAAGAGGCAGGGCGACUUCUUCUCCUCCAUCCAAAGAGGGAGGGCCCAAUUGGGGGUGAGAGUGACUCAGAAGACCUGUUUGAGAAAACAACAACCACCUCAGGGUUCGGAAGCAUUAAACCGUCUGAUGGCAGUGAGCUCAGCGCCACUGAACUGGCCAACCGCAGGAGGGAAGAGCGGGAGUCGUUCGGCAACGUGAAACGUGAGGCAGAGAGGCUUGGGAAGACAGUGGACCGUCUCAUCACUGACACCGACAGUCUGAUCUUUGAAGGGAGGCUUCUGGUGACCACAGCUGAGAGCCUCGAAGCAGGGACAGUGUCCGGAAACAAACCAGACACUCAAGUCCUGGAUACCAUCAACACUCGCAUGAAGGCUUUCCGCACGGAGCUGCACAUCUUCAUGGAGAAGCUGGACCAUGUGGGGGAGGGGCUGAGAGAAAGGACAGAUGAUCUGUCACCCAUGCCAAACCUCACAGAGUCCAGCAGCUUUCUGUCCACGGUCACCUCCAUGUCCCGGGACUCUCCCAUCGGCACCUUUGGAAGGGACCUGGUUACAGACUUCCAGUCCGGUCAGAGGGAUGAGCUGGAGUGGCGUCUAGGACAGGAGCGAGGCGUGGAGCCCCAGAGCCAGAGCCAGGGUGGGGGCCAGGCCCAGAGCAGGGGAGCCCCGGGACUCACUAGGUACCACAGGCCCCUGGCUUUGAGAGCAGAGCUCCGGGACACGCCUGCUGCUGACAUCCAGUUUCGCCUGGAUCAUGAACGGAGGCUGCGGGUAGCGACAGAGGAGCGGGAGGCUGUCGUCUCUCUGCCUCAGCAAGAUGACGAGCGUUUGCGUAUGGAGGCUCAGCGUGGCAGUCUGGAACUGCAGGGACUCCAGAGUCACGACGUGUCCUGGACCCAGGAGAGAACCAUGCUGCAACAAGAGGUCCGCCUCUUCAGACGCAACACCAUCAUCUUCUACAUGAAGCUCAGGUCCAUCCUUAUGCACUGGAGGCUCGAACGCAGGGACGAGUCCACAGAGGAGACGGAGCAGCCAGAGUUUGAGAAGUUGGAGGGCAUCCCAGAGUUGGGAGUGAUAACGGAGCAGGCGGAGGGAGAGUCCGAUCGAGACGACAGACUGUGUUUACCUCAGACUCCAGGGGACGUCCGCGACACAGGGCCCUUCAUCCCUCUGCCGUCGCCUGACCGACACCUGCAGCACCAAAGACAGUUUGGGGAAAACCGACAAAUGCUGCAGGCCCUGCGGACGCUGCUGGAGGAGUUUCGGGAGGAGCUGCGGGAGGAGGAGACGCGGCGAUGCCAGCUGCAGCAGGCCUACGCCAAUGACAAAGCCGCCUGGGAGGUCAAGUGGACAGAGAUGAAGUGCCAGGUCGCAAAGUUGGAGGAGGAGACACCAGGUAUAGUGCGAGGUGAAGCACAGGGAGAUGAAGGGGAACCAUCAGGAGACCCUGAGAGCGCCAUCAAGCAUGAGCGUGAGGAGCAACAGCGUCUGCUGGCCGAGAGCCACAGCGCCUCCAUGGACCUCCGCUGGAAGCUGCAGCACGGAGAGAAGAGGUGGGGUCGCGAGAGGUCCGAACUCCUGGACCGCUUUGACCGAGAACGGCAAGAGUGGGACAGCAGCAUGAGGGAGCUCCACCGCAAGAUGGAGAGGAUGCAGAGAGAGCUAAGUAUGAGGCGAGGCGAGGGCAUGGACGUUAAAGACGGCCACAGAGGAGUGUUUUCGCCUCAGGACAGUCCUUGUAACGCCCCCCGUUCACCCCCGCUCCCCCUGUACGUCCACACCCAUCUGUGUCCCACCCGUCCGCUCCACUCUGACUCUGAGGCCCAGCUGGAACAGCAGGGCGCUGCCAUGAGGCUCAAAGGACCAACAGAGAACCUGUUCUUGGACGCGCUGUCUCUGGACCCCCUCAGUGUCCUGGAGGUCCCUCCUCCCUCCAGACUGGAGAGUGAGAAGAGGUUCCCCUGCAUGAACGAGGCUCUUAAUGAGAUCUCAGAGAUAGAAGGAGAUCCCGAGUAUCCAGAAGAGGAGAUGGGUGGAGGGAGUCUGCUCAGAGCAAAGUCUGUGUGCUCCAUGAGCGACUUCCAGCGGUUGAUGGACAGCUCUCCAUUCCUGCCCGAUAAGACUCGACUUGGUGACUGCGGCCAAGACGACAUCACCCCUCCCCUGUCUCCUGAUGACCUCAAGUACAUUGAGGAGUUCAACAAGGGCUGGGACUUCCCAUCAUCCACCUCUGGCCAGGGUCCUCUUCGAGAGCCGUGGCCUGACAGACCACCUGAGGUCCGGGGAGGGGAGCCCAUUCUUGAUCCAUUCCAGCCAGCCUCCUGGUUCCUCACCACCAGCGCCACCUUGACCACCAGCACCCUGAGCAGCCCCGAGCACUGCCACAAGUCCCCGCUGAGGGGCAAUGGAGCAGGGGCAGCAGGGGUUGGACUGGAGCACUGUGGGGUUCACAUGCUUCACAGCCCCACCAGGCCAGGAGCAGCUGAGCGCCCUACUGCCCAAGACCCGGACUUCCUCUACGCCAAAGGGACCAAAAGCCAGGGGUGGAGGAGAGGCUGGGGUGGGAGCCAGGGGCAGGAUGAGGUUUUCAGCGGUGGGAGGUGGCCAUGUGGGAUACUUGAGGGUGGGGGGUUGAGGACUUCUCCUAACCAGUCUCCUAUCUACAACUCCUCUCUGGAGCUUCAGCUCUCCAGGAACUUGAGCGAUGACAUGAAGGAGGUGGCUAUCUCGGUGAGGAACGCCAUCCGCUCUCCUCCAGGGCCUGUCGUCCGGGACUCAGCCUGCCAAACCAAUGGAUUCACUACACGUGGCACUCAGACUACCCAGACCAUCAGUGUGGGUCUACAAACAGACCUGCUGAGGAAUCUAACCAGCAGCCCUCAUCGCUGCCUCACUCCUAAAGGUGGCAGCACGCCUAUAUCUUCCCCAUCCCGCAGCACCAGGAAGAUUCAGUACUCUCCUGUCAUUCAGAGUAAGUUUGAGCGACCCUGUUGUUCACCCAAGUUCGGCUCCCCCAAGCUUCAACGAAAACUUUCCUCAUCCAACAAGGCUGAUCUACCCAACACCAGCCGAGCUCCCACACCCACCACUCCACAGAAGGGUAACAGUGAGUCGGCGUGGGCUCGCUCCACCACCACACGCGACAGCCCCGUCCAUACCACCAUCAAUGACGGCCUCUCCAGCCUCUUCAACAUCAUCGACCACACUCCCGUCUACGACUCCAUUCCAAAGUUCAACAAGUCUCCCAGUCGCUCUCGCCCUAACCCUUCUUCCACCCCUGAGCCCGGUCCUGCACAGGGGACUGUCGCCACGGAUCCCAGAAAUGCACAGGAGUGCUUACGGACUGCUCGCGGGCGCUCGCCCAGUCCUGUGCAGCUGAUAGUGGAGACGCAGGGAGACAAAAACCAGGAGGUGGUGAGCAUACGGCAGGACCUGUCAGCCCCCCCGGGCUACACUCUGGCUGAAAAUGCAGCUCGCAUCCUUAAUAAGAAGCUGCAGGAGCAGAACUUUAGAGAGGAGAGGAGGCUGCAGGCAGGAGCACAGAGCGGCCACAGCAGAGACAGCAGCAGGCAGGCCGACUCAGACAGAGGACAGUCUGGAUGUAUGGAGGACCUGCCUCGCUCUCCGGUGGCCCCGCCCCUGGACUCCUGCUUCCUGAGACCGGCCCGCCCAGCCAACCGCCGCCCACCCUCCCGCUGGGCCGCCCGCUCGCCUUCCCCCUCCCCAAAGUGGAGCGAGGGCACGAAGAGGAGGUUCACCUUCCCGCCACCGGGGCACCGCAAGACCAUCCUGGAGGGCGAGGAGCCGGCGUGACUCCUGUCCUCUACCUCCUCUGCUCCACCUCAGCCUAAAAGACCCAGUACCUCAGAGACCUCCGCCACACAAAUCCAGAGACUCCAAAGAGGUGGAGCCUGAAGCGGGGGUUUCAUGUAUCCACCCAGUAGCACCAGCUGACCAUCGAGGAACCAGAAGAACCUGGAAUGUACUGUAAUAUCAUCCAAAAAAAGGACAUAAAACUUCAUUCCCAUAAGAGGUGCCUGCACACACUUGAGUUCAUCAUCAGCCCACAUGUGUGUAUAUAUGUAUUUAUUACAUAUAUGUAUAUUUUAGUCGCAAUUAUGAACCUUUUUCCAGCUGUUAACUGAAGAUCAGCUGUUGGAUUUUUAUGAAGUUUACACCUUUUGUUUACACUUUCUUUUCUACAUGAAGCUCUCUUAUGUUGUCCCGCAUUCUUUCAUGUUCACACUGUUUUGGUUUUUUUUGCAAUAAGAGCAUACCUUUAUUUUUUUGUUGCCAGCAUUCAAAACUUCACUUUUUUGUUCAGUCACAAAGAGAGGAAAAACAACACAAGCAAGCAAACAAACAAAAAAAAAACAACUCCUGCUUCUUUGGGUCUGAAGCAGAGACACAUGAUGUCAUUUCUGAUGCUAAUGUACUUUAUUUAUCUUUACGUUGGGAUGAAUGUGCGACUCCGUUAACAUGUAGAAGAAGGGUGACAACAAACUGAAUAACUUUAUGCAUAUUUGGAAGGCAGUUGUACAAAUAUGGGUGAAAUAUUUGCAUGCCUUUUGAACACUAGCACUUUAGUGCAUGUACAUACGAGCUCUAGUCAUUCGUGAUCACUUGGCUCCGCUGUGGGGGAAAAAAUCUCGUGAUGGGAAAUCUUGAGCUGUUGUUUUUUGUUGUCACAUGAUUUGCAUCAACUUAAAUAUGAAGACUUUUUAAGUAAAUUAUUGUACCUACCAGGCUGUCUUUGUACAGUUGUUACUAUUGGAUAUAAAUAACUUUUUUUCUUUUAACAGGAAAAAAUGGAUUGUGGGAAAAAAUAUGAAUGUUUCAAAUGAAGUCUAUGUCAAAAAGUCUAAAGAUCCAUAGUCUUAUGUAAAUAGUAAAUGGUAAUAAACAUGAAUGUGUAUUUACAA